GUUUUGUGUCCGCUGUAAGUUUCGAUUCAGAGUCCCGUGAAGCAGACGUUGGUCGACACUGCGACAGCAUGUUUUCAUGGGGAGAGGACGGUCACCGGGGCUUUCGGCUAAAGGGAGGCGUGAAUAGCGACAGCGGGCCGCCAACGGACGUCGGGGGUCAUCGUUUAAACCUCGGUUAUCACAUCGCCGAUCUCUCCGCGGGCCGCAGCGCGCUGGCUUUCGUCAAAACAAACGGAAAUGCGUUCGUUAUUCGCAGGAGCGAAAGCAAAGACGGGAGAAGAGUCAGAGGGAAGCAGAAGUUUGUGAAGUGUAAAGAGAAGAUUCAGGCCGUGGGUUGUCAUGAUGAUGAUGAUGUGGUCACACUGCUGUCCGAGGGGGGAAAAGUUCUCUGUGUGGACAUGACCAGUGCUUACAAUCUAAAGCCCCUGGAAGCUUUGUGCAACAUACAGGUGUCUCAGGUUGCUUGUGGGAGCCAGCACUCAGUGGCCCUCACCAAAGGUGGUCAGGUGUAUACAUGGGGCCGGGACUCCAGGGGCCAGCUGGGUCAGGGGAGGAGCGAGCCCGGCGCCGGCUCCCCCCAACACAUCCGAUCUCUGUCAGCACUCCCCCUGGUCCAGGUGGCUGCAGGGGGAGAGCAGAGCUUCGGCCUCUCGGUCUCCGGAGGCGUGUUCGGCUGGGGCGGAAACGACCGCGGGCAGCUCGGGCUGGGAGACACAACAGACAGACACGCGCCAACUCCUGUUCAUUGUCUGAACAUGAAGACAACUAUUCACAUUUCCUGCGGAAAGGACCACACUGCCAUUCUGACAAAGAAUGGUGCAGUGUUCACAUUUGGCUCUGGUCAAUAUGGACAGCUCGGGCACAACUCAUUCGGCGAUGAACUACGACCUCGGCUUGUUGCAGAGCUCUGGGGGGCACAGGUCACCGAGAUUGCUUGUGGACGGCAUCACACAUUAGCGUUGACGGACUCAAAGAGGGUCUACUCCUUCGGGUGUGGAGAGCAGGGGCAGCUGGGACACGGAAAAGACAGUCAUCCGUCCGUGGUGCUACCGGUUCAACUGCCACAGGACACGGAUGAUGCUCGAAUUAGAAACAUCUUCGCAGGAGGAAACUGUUCAUUUGCAACGUGCGCGUCUAUUGAGCAGGACGUUGGCGAGGAGGCGAACGCCGGCGGCGUCAACAACAAAACACAGCAUUGUCUCGAUGACAUGAUUGACAAAUGGACCUCCGAAUGUGAUUCAAAGCAAUGGAAAAAGAUCAAACGGGAAAUCUGCAGAACGUUCUCCUCUGCAUCCUGUCUGAAUACAAGCUUCCUUGAGCAAAGCAAAGACAAACAUUUCCAGACUUCACCAAGGUACUCGGGCUUGAACUUGUCAGUUGCACGACUCGCUUUUGAGAAACUGGUGAAGAAGGACAAGGUUUUUGCCGAGGUCGAGGCUGCUGUCCUGCUCUUGCUUCCUUCCCUUGAGAAGAAGCCAUUGGGGGUGGAGGGGCUGAGGAUCUAUCUGCUUCUCAAUGAGCUCCUGCAUGUGAUCCAGAGCCACGAACAGCGUCGAACGAGCACAACUCUCGCUGAGGCGGUUGCUGCUGCCGUCCUAAACUUGUCAGCUGACAGUCUCCAGGUCAUAGGGGACUGGUGGUCCUCACUGCCGCCCUCCACCAUGGUUGAACAUGUUAAUGUGUGGAAGCAGGCCCUCUCAGUGAUCCUGUCCUUAAAGCCUGUUUCUCUCAACUCUGGAGUCAGAAACCUGCUGCUAGUCCUCCAGUACAUGUACAACGUCAACAGCAGGACUGCAGAACCUAAAAGGAUGCCAGAAACCGACUUCUGUUUGUUGAUUGACAAAAACUUUCUCAUUAUGGAUCUGCAGCUUUGGAUUUUACGGUCACAACUCAAGUAUAUGGAUGCUGAGCCUCUUAUCCUGUGUAGCUUUCCAAUUCUGAUGGAUCUGGGGUCAAAGAAAUUUGUUUUUGACCUGAAUGCUAGGUACACCAAGGUGAAAGAAAUGAAUUGCAUGAUUUACUGGAAACCAUUUUGGGAAUGGCAAUGGGCUCUGCCACUGCCUCAAGACCUGCUCUUUGAACUAGACCUGAGGCGAGCAUCGGUUUUGGAAGACACCUUUAAACAACUUGCUGCUGUUUCUGCUGCUGCUGAUCCCACUGAUCCCGCUGAUCCCAAUGAAUACAAGUUACCACUUGCGGUUUAUUUUGAUGAAAACUUCACAAACGUAGAUGAUCAGUAUCUCUACAGAAAAGACUUUUUUCACGAAGUGUUUCAUGAGAUGAUGUCAGCUGAAUCUGGGAUGUUCAUGUUCAACGACUCCAAAACACUGGCAUGGUUCCCCUCCACGGCAACAGAGGAGGACCAGAGAUACUUCCAGUUUGGGGUUCUGUGCGGAUUGGCUUUGUACAACCAGUACAUCAUACACUUACCCUUCCCGCUGGCUCUGUUCAAAAAGCUGCUGGGUGUAAAGCCCUCAUUGGGGGACAUGAUCGAAUUCAGCCCAUGCGUUGGAGAGAGUCUGCUGAACAUCCUGGAAGUCUAUGAAGAUGAUGUCAUAAAAAACCUCUACAUGGACUUUGUAAUCAACUGGGAUGGCACAGAGGUUGACCUUGAUCCUAAAAAUCCAGAGAAGCCACUGACGGGGGAAAAUAAGAAGGAGUUUGUGGAUGCCUAUGUGACUCAUGCCUUCAAUACAUCAGUGGAGGGCGUGUUUCAGGAGUUCAAGCGAGGCUUCUUCCAGGUGUGUGAUCAGGAUUUGGUGAAGCUGUUCCGACCAAAGGAGCUGCAGGAAGUGCUGGUGGGCAAAGACUUCCAUGACUGGGCAAAGCUGAAACAGAACACAGGUUAUGAGGGGGUGUACAAUACCACACCACCACACCCCACCAUACAGAUGUUUUGGGAGGUUUUUGAUGAACUAACUGAGGAUCAGAAGAAAGCUUUCCUUUGGUUCGUGACUGGCUUCGAAAGGGUGCCCAUUCUUGGCAUGGAAACGAUCAAGAUGACAGUCCAAGUUAAAGGAGUUGGGGACCUCUCUUAUGACAAGUACUACCCUCAGACACAUACAUGUUCCUCAAUCCUGGAGCUGCCCUUAUACUCAACCAAGGAGAUCAUGCAAACCAAGCUUACUGAGGCCCUGAGCAACAAUAGAAGAAUCUACAAGUGAUGGAGGGUCUGCGCUGUGACUGUAUCUGUACUGAACAGAGGACUUAACAUUGUAAUAGAGCACUUUGUAAAUGGCUGAACAAGGAGCAGCCUUUGUAGCUACUGCUAAUAUGUGUAUUAGCAAACGUGAAGGGUUUUAUAUUCUUUAUAAUGAAGAUGUGUUGUGGAUGUACAUUAAAAAAUGCUUGAUUCAUAGUGAAAACAUGGAUAUAGAUAGUGUAUAUGUAUAAACUGUAUCUGUUGCAGGGGAAUCUUAAGUGACUUUUGUGUCUCAUCUCCUCAGGCAAUAAAGACUGUGAUAGAGUUUUUUAUUUUGGGGCCAAGUUGCACAAAAAGUAUUCCAGUAUUCCAGUAUUUAAACAAUUUUUUCUUCCAGUUCACUUAUUAUUUUCAGCAAUUAAACUGUGUACUGUUAUACCA